CAGAAAAAACAAACAUUCUCAGUAGCAGUUUCUAGGAGUGUCUCGACUCUCCGUAAGUGAAGGUGCCUGUAUAUGGAGCCAAGCUCCCAACUGAUAAAUUGAUGUUGAACCUGUGUUAACUCCAGCACCCCAUGGCCCAGCCACAGCUUGGCUUCACCCUUAAACAAACACAAUUCAACAACUGAAGGGCAUGGCGCAGGUGGAUGGGGUCCUUCGUCCCGGGGCCGCCCCGGGCCAGCCCUGCAUCUUCAAGCUGGUUCUCCUGGGCAGUGGCUCUGUGGGCAAGUCCAGCUUGGCUGUCCGGUAUGUGAAGAACGACUUCAAGAGCAUCCUGCCGACCGUGGGAUGUGCGUUCUUCACCAAGGUGGUGGACUUGGGGGCCGCGUGUCUGAAGUUUGAGAUCUGGGACACGGCUGGUCAGGAGAAGUACCACAGCGUCUGCCGCCUCUACUUCAGGGGCGCCAACGCUGCGCUUUUGGUGUAUGACAUCACCAGGAAGGAUUCCUUUUGCAAAGUGCAGCAGUGGCUGAAGGACCUGGAGGAGGAGUUCCACCCUGGAGAGGUCGUGGUGAUGCUGGUCGGCAACAAGACAGACCUGGGAGAGGAGCGGGAGGUGACCUUUGAGGUUCAAGAAGGGGCAAACCCACAUUUAUUUGCUAGGAAAUUAGCAAGGAGCAGAGGACUCAGAAGGUGCAGUUCUUCUGUAAAACGACUGAGAGCAGAAAAGGUGCUCAGGGAGGGGGAUCUUCCCAACCCAGGGAUCGAACCCGGAUCUCCUACAUUGGAGGCAGAUUCUUUAUCAGCUGAGCCACAAGGGAAGCCCGAGAAUGCUGGAGUGGGCAGCCUAUCCCUUCUCCAGCGGAUCUUCCCGACCCAGGGAUUGAACCGGGAUCUCCUGCACUGCAGGAAGGGAAGGAGUUUGCAGAGAGCAAGGGGCUGCUGUUCAUGGAAACCUCGGCCAAACAGAACUACCAGGUGGCAGAGGUCUUCAACGCCGUCGCCCGGGAGCUUUUGCGGAGAGAAGAGAGCAAGGAGGGCCAGAGGCAGUGGAGAGACGCCCCGCUGACCCUGAGUGAGCGGCCCUUGCGGCCUGGCCGAUGCUGUGCCCACUAGAAGCGGCCGCUCCUGGGGCAGCUGCGGGGAAGCGGGUACUCCCAGCCCGCGCCCCGGCGGUCCUCUGAGUGAGCUCCAGCCAGCUCCGUGGUGACGGCGGUGCUGACCCGGGUCCACCGUCGAGCCCGGCGCAUGCCUGAGUCCUCGAGGCGCAGGAAGCCGGCAUUCCUUAGGAUAAUCGCCUCCCAAGGUCGUGGGAGUCCUUUGGGAGACGUUUGUGUCUCCAGGGGCCUCCAGAGGGUGGGGGCUCCACGUCCCCAGAUGUCAGAUUCCGCCUAAAUCCCAGAUGUCCUGGGGGUGGGCAUGCCUGACCCUGCCUGGAGGUGCCCUCCUCAGCUGCCUGGCCACCAGGCAGUGAAGGAGGGGAAAUCAGCUGGCAGGGACUUGGCUCUGGGCAGGAGGCCGCCCGGGGUGGGCUGGGGGGUUUCCCCUGCUCCUAGGACAGGGAAGAGGGGUCAGCAAGCCCCACUGGAGUGGACUAUGUCAUCACCGGACCUCUGUGAGGGUCCCUGAGGGGUGCAGCUGGGGGUGGGGUGGGGCCCCACUGUCCGCUUCUCGGGGUGACUAUGAGGACCAGA